AUGCGCCCAAAUGUUAGUACAGAAUGGCUUGACGUUGGCGCGAGCCAGGAGGGUGUUUUCGUUCGAGAUUACGGCCGCCUGGAACAGGUCACCCUUGAUCUAGCUCAACGCAGCCAGCAGACACCUCUUCUCACGCUAUUCCUUGGAAGUCACACUAAAGAGAUCGCACUACAAUACUUAUUUCCUAGUAAUAAUAUAAGAAGAACCCGGGCAAAAUCCGCAAUAGGAUUGCGAUAUGAUUUGCUGUCCGCGAACAAUCCAGAACCAAUCCUUAUCGCUGACGGCGAACCAGGAAAAGCGCCAGUUGAUUUAGAUCAGGAUGCUUAUCUUCGCAAGGCUUCUGACUACCCUAUAACAUGGGGCCCAGCCACGGCAUCAGCUGCUUUGGGAUUCCUUUAUGCACGGCUUGUAUUACUGUUCACAGAUAUCGUUUGCAUCUUCGCUGAUGAUUUUCCGAGCCUGGCAUCGAUCGCUGACUUUCUAGUCAGCUGUGUCAAAGCAGGAUCUGCAUCAUCUUUGCCGAAAACAGUAAGACCCAGGAUUGUGGUGCUAGUCGCAGGUGACCCAUGUGAUCCAGCUAGCACUGCGUCAGAAGCAAAAGAGUUCUACCGCAAGCUACAUACACCAGGCGCGGAUCGCCUGCGCAGCUGCUUUGCAUCAGUAAAUUUAGCAUCAUUUGACCCCCGUUUACCUGCUGUAAGCCAAUAUGAGCGUCUGCGCACUUAUCUCAAAGACCAGCUGAACCAGAUUAAAGCAACAAGGCUAGAUAACUGGAGUCUUUUUAGCGCAGCCCACCUGUGCGCGUACUUUCAAGCUGCUGUGAAGCAUACAGCAGGAUCUAUAGAGCAAACCUUCGAUUUUGUCCAGGCGACGAGAGAACACAACCCCGUACCUCGAGGGCUAGACCGUCGAAUAUCUCACUACCUCGAUAUCGGUCUCCAAAAUAAUUGCAGCCUUCAAGUCCUUUUAGCAUCACUAAUUUCUGCCCUACUGAUGGAUCACUACGUUCCGGGCAUGGCCUCGUUGAAACCACGGACUGUUUUUAGAAAGCUUUAUAGGCCCGCUGUCAUUGGUGGAUUGUCUAAUCACAAUCGCGGGACCACGAAGCAAACCAAGGAAGACCUAAUAAUAAUGGCUGAAUUCGAAUUCAAAUCACAAUAUCAUUGCUUAAAGACAAGCGGCCUUUCGGCAGUAGAGAGCCGAAGGAACUAUCUCAUGAAACGCAGCGAUACGCUUGGUCGAAUACAGUCCAAUAAAAUUUGCCUCUUUUGCCUACUAUUUGGAAUGCCGGCUUCGAACUUGGAAUACCAAUUUACUAUCGCAUUCUGUCCGCUCUGUCUUUCUCAGUCGCCAUUAACAAUCAAUAUUUUGCCACCAACCAUGAAUCCCAGUAUCCUUGCUAUCGACGGAGGCGGUGUGCGUGGAGGAAUACCCCUCGAAUUUCUUCUUCUGAUUCAGGAACAUCUCGGCCCGAAAUGUGGAGUAGCUGAUGUGAUAGACUUAACGGUGGGUCCUAGUGCUGGUAAGGGUUCAUUCCUUGAAAUCAUACCAAAGUGGAUCUCGUGGAUUAUGAGUGACAGCUGUUACGACGCUGCUAUCUUUGACGCUACUCUCCAAGAAGUGUUUGGGCGGACCCGUCGAGCAUUCCAGCCGCUCGGACAGGGUUCUCCUCUCCAUUCCUACUCCAAGUCUAAAUUUGCAGCAAUCGCGACGAGUAUCGGUAAGGAUACCAAGUCAUUUGUAUUCGGAAACUUCAAUCCUGUGGAGUGGUUAGACAAGGAAGACGAUUACAUACUUUACCGAUCGGCUCAGAUGCACCAGGAGCCGUUGUUGUGGGAGGUCGCUAGAGCAACAACUGCAGCUCCAUUCUAUUUCUCAGUUGCCAACGUCCAAGAUAUCGGCUCUUUUCAGGACGGAGGUCUACAAGAUAAUUUCGCCGCUGAUAUUGCUCGACGGCUUAGUCGUCGUCUUUGGCCAAGCAAAACAGGUAUAAGCAAACUGAUUUCUCUAGGGACAGGGGCAGAGGAAAUACCUCGUGACCAAACUCCCCGGUUCCGCAAUAUCUUUCGCGACGGAUUCUUACGCCGCGGGUACGAUGCGUUUAUGUCACAUUUAGAAGGUCGGCCCAGAUGGCUGAAAUUAAGAGAUGAAUUGGACGCUUCAGCUAGAUCUGACUAUAUGCGUCUCGACGUUUCUCUAAAGAACCUCCCUUCUACACUUGAUAGUGCCGAGAUGAUCAGCGAUUACCGUAACUUGGUAAUUUCCCAGCUAGGCAGUGCCAGAUCGGCCCGAGAUGUUGCGAUAGCUCUUCUGGUAGCGAGGUUUUACUUUACAUUAGACAGGAUACCGGACCGCAUACCAGGAUCUACGUUCUCCUGGUGUCACGGUGUGAUCAAAUGCAAAGGAAAUACCUUUGAGAUAAUUGAAGCUAUUCAGCACUUAUACCCUGAUGACCUGGAAUUCGCUACCGACAAAGGACAUCUCACCAGCUUCAGCCUUGGGGGUAUCUGUAAAGCUUGUGGAAGAUACUCACAGCCGGUAUCAAUUCUGAUUCAUCAUCCAGAUCAGGUUAUAAACAUCUAUUUGCGUAUUGACAAGCACAGAAAAUGGAGUAUCAGUGGCUUUCCGAAUAGAAUUUCAUGGCAUAUUGAGGUACAGCAUUUACAAAGUGGCUUUGGACGACCCGACCAUGGGUACCCCUCGAUUCUACCAUGUGCAAGCUGCUCUAAUGAGACCAGGGUAUCGUGGCGUAAGGAGCACUCUUUGUCACGAUCAGGCGAAGCGGAACAAAGGAAUAAGAAACCUCGCCUAUAA